UUCGUUAUACACUACGCUCGCCACCUACAUCGGAAACACUACCAUGCAGGACCAAAGGCACUCGUAGCACUAAUAAGACAGUUUUGGAUAGUCAAUGCACGCGAUUUAGCAAGACGUAUCAUCAGAUCGUGCACACAUUGUAUACGUUACAAGCAAAAGCUGAUGAAUCAGGGUCAUCUCAACCGUACCUUYAAAAAUGCAAGACUCACAGCUGAGGAACUAACAACAGUGCUGGUUGAGAUAGGAGCCGUGUUAAAUUCUUGGCCACUAACACCAUUGUCAUCGGAUCCAAACGAUUAUAAAGCAUUAACUCCGGGCCAUUUUAUUAUUGGUAGCGCACUAAGGGCACUCCCAGAGCGAAGGUUGUCAGCUGAAAUAAGUAGCUUAAACAGAUGGAAUCAAGUCACAAGCAUUAAACAGACGUUUUGGAACAGGUGGUCAAAUGAUUAUAUCAACGAACUUCAAAUACGAUCAAAGUGGUAUUCGGUACAGUCAAAAAUCAACAACAACUCAAUGGUUAUCAUCCAUGAACAUAACUUACCCCUACAAAAAUGGCCUAUUGGAAUGGUUAUAAACUGUAUUCCAGGAAAGGAUUCUAAACUACGUGUGAUGGACAUUCGAACAACGCAGGGAAUCAUUCGGCGAACAAUUCACAAGCUAGCACUAGGAGUCAUUCAACUCAAUGCAGUUAACAAUUGUAUUUGCAUUGUGUUUAACGAUAUGUUUCGCUCACGCAAUUACACGUAUGUUUGUUUCUGCACAUUAGUUAAUCCUAUUAGCAUGUAAGCAGCAUAUUACAUUCUGCUGCAUUCCCAUUUUUACAUUCCUCUUGAAUAACUAAAUUAUAUAUGAAGAAGCAUAGCGUUAAGUAGGUACUUAGUUUUAUGAACUGUUAGAAGUACAUAACAUACAUACACUGACUCACACUAA